UAGUCAUGACAUCGUGGCCAGGAUUCGAGUAUUCGAAGAAAAAUGUCUCAUUUGAAGAAAUCCAGCAAUCUGUCUUGUAUGGAUUUGAACUCUGCUUCGGUUCUGGGUGCAGUGAACAAGUCAUAAUGUGGAGUAAGAAACCAAAGAAACUCUUAUACUUAUUAGGACCACGUACACGAUUUCUCCUAAUUCUUCUGGCCAUUCUAGUCUUCAUAAUUGCAGGGGUAAGCCUUCCUGUUACGAUCAUAAUCGGAAUUAUUGGUCUGUUAGUAUUAUUCAUAUUCACUUCCUCCUGGGUAGGGAUACAAAACUACUUCUACCAUCAAGGUUUUUUAUCAGCCAAUUACAUUGUAUUCAUUGUUUGUUUUACUGGAGCCCUAAAUACCCUUGUGAUUAUCAUCAUCGGAUCUGGAGUUGUAUUGCUAAUCCUCUAUAAUAUCAUCCACACCGUUGUUGGGAACAGAUAUAUGGCGCCCUUGGCAACUCAAUUCGUGUUCUCAGGUGUUCUUAUUCGGACAUAAAGAAGAUGACUAAGAAUUUUGAAGAUAAACUAGGCCAAGGGGGCUUCGGUUCUGUUUACAAAGGAAAGUUUCGGAGUGGCCAUCUUGUAGCAGUCAAAUUACUUGGAAAAUCCGGAACAAAUGAGCAAGACUUCAUCAAUGAAAUAGCAACUAUUGGGAGGAUACAUCAUGUAAAUGUUGUUGAACUUGUUGGAUAUUGCGUUGAAAGAUCCAAGCGUGCCCUCAUUUUUGAUUUCAUGCCAAAUGGUUCCCUUGACAAGCACAUCUUCAACCGAGAAAAACUUCACCAAUGGAUUGGGAAAUGAAAUUUAAAAUUGUAGUUGGAGUGGCUCGAGGGAUUAAGUAUUUGCACCAUGGUUGUGACUUCCGGAUCUUACAUUUUGACAUCAAACCUCACAAUAUACUUCUUGAUGAUAAUUUUGUUCCAAAAAUAUCAGAUUUUUGGCUGGCAAAAUUAUGCGCCACAAAUAAGGAGGCAGUGACAUUGACGACCGCUAGAGGAACCAUAUGGUAUGUUACUCCUGAACUUAUUAAUAGAAGUAUUGGUAGAGUGUCAUACAAGGUUGAUGCGUAUAGUUUUGGAAUGUUGUUGAUGGAAAUGCUGAGCUUAA